AUGAGCAACCGUCUCCCGUUUGUGACUUUUUCUACUCUGGUGCAUCUCUCUCAGCUUCUUUGGGUGACGUGUGAAGAGAACUGUGUGAAUCCUGAGCACUGUCUGACCACCGACUGGGUCCACCUCUGGUAUAUCUGGCUGCUGGUGGUGAUUGGUGGGCUAUUCCUUCUGUGUGGCCUGACUUCAGUCUGCCUUCGCUGUUGCAUUAGUCGACAGCAGACAGGAGACGAGGUGGGCCCACCACCGUAUGAAUUGACAGUCAUUGCCUUUGACCAUGACAGCACCCUUCAGAGCACCAUCACUUCUCUUCAAUCGGUCUUUGGAUCAGCAGCCCGCAGGAUCUUCGCAGUCGCUCACUCUCACAACCCCGUGCAGACACCUUCAUUGUCCCCGAGCCUGGAGCCACUCCCAGGCUAUGAGGAAGUUCUGCACAUGAGCCGCUUCACAGUGUCCAAGUGUGGGCAGAAAGCUUCUGAUCUGGCUCCGGUGCCUGAAGAGAAGCAACUGCCCCAUGGGGAGAAGGACGCUCCCCAGCAACAGAUAGAGGACACCCCCAAUUGACAGUCGCCUAGGGUGUGAGAACCAAGUGUAGCCCUCGGAGUACUCCUCUCUCACACGUGGAGUCCCUAGGAUAACUAUCUCAGGUUCAAGGGAGGAUCUGUAAUCACUCAAAACUAGUUCUUGAGUCUCUUCCAAUGUGUUUACUUUUUUCUCCAGUCAGCCGGAGGAUACAAUUUGUUCAAAGCAAAGGCAUUUAAUGAAACAACACAGUAAUAAAAAAUCAAAAUAGAACAUUCCUUCCCAUAAACCUGGAGAACACUCUCACAAACAUGCACACUGGUGUGGUGGUGGGAAAUGGGCACAUGCUUAGAGAAUGUGUUUGCAUGUGCCACACACGGAGGACCAAGUCAUCUCCAAGGCUGCUGGACCACCAGCGUCUUCUGAUGAAGUCAUCAUGUUGUUCUCAUUGGUCUUAUUUCCUGACUGGUGUAGAAUCCCCACUGGGUAUAUUGCUCUACUAGUUUCUGAUAUUUUUACAAUGACUGGUGGGCAUGUAGUUUCACCUGGGGACUGCUUUUCUGAUUUCCAGUGAUCUAACAUUGACUUCUGAGUAUGAUAAUCUCUGCAGAACAAUGCAUCCUGCUACUAGUUUCUGGGCUUCUCUUUAGGGUCACUUGUUGGCCAUCUCAACUCUCACUUACAGUAUAGUGGCUUGAAUCGCCCCCUACUAAGGGCAUACCCAUGGAGCUUUAGUCAAAGCCACCACACCCAACUAGCGAAAGGCAAACAGAGUGCCUCUAGGCUGAUUAAGUUUUCUUUUUCUUUUGUUUUAACUUAUUUUAUUUUUAAUUUAUGGAAUAAAACAAGCA